GCCUCACUCUCCCACCCACAUGCUCUUCUCUUUCUUUUCCUUUCUCUAAGGGCCAACUUUCCUAGGCUAUAUAUUUGACUCUUUCAACAUUCUCUCCAACUCCACCUUCAAAGCAGAGAAAAACCACAAGACUUGUUAUUGAAGAACAACAAACUAUGGAGUUAGAGCUUGAUGAUGAUGUCUUCUUUGCAGACAUAAGCAAACAGAUCUCUCUUCUCAUCAUGGAUGAAGAUGAACAGUUAAAACCUGUUAAUCUCUCUUCCUCCUUCCCCUCUCUCUCAUCCCAGGUUGGUAUGUACACAGGAGGCUACCAAACGGCUCCAUAUAUGUACCAUCUGGAACAGAGCAAAGGGACUGGUGUGUUCAUCCCUAAAUGUUAUCAGUCCAGAAGAAGACCUCGUCAUCCGAAACAAGGUAGGUUUAGUUCCUUCACCGCCAAGCAACAGCACUCUUUUCAUCAAAACAAACAACAGUAUCAGCAGAAUCAGGACAACUUAAGAAGUAACCUGACCAGUCACACUAACAACAACAACAAGAGUAGCAAGAACACUGGUAAUGUUCAUGCUUCUAUCCCAAGAAGAACCUACAGAGAUGCAGCAUCUAUCUACACUUGAUUGAUUUUUCACAUCUGUCUACACUUGAUUAAUGGUUUAUGUGUGAUUGAUUCAUAUAACUAUAUAUAAAAUUUUAUAGAUGCAAUAAGAUUUAUUUGUUUGUAAAUCAGCAGAUAGUGAGGAUUCUUUAUAAGGAAGGUCUUGGAGAUUUUUUCCACGUUUUGUUCUUGAUUUAAUGUUACUCUUUCUUAGUCACUGGCUUCUCCAUUUGUAAAGUAUUUUUUUAAGAAUUAAAUUAGAAUCAGUUUAUGAAA